GUUUUUUUAAUCAUUUGCGGACAAAUUUCUCUUCAUUUAUUUCUCUUAUGAAAAGUAAGUUUGUCAUUAGAGCAACACACCAGUUGAUGGCGGUAGUAAGCUCCGUUCUUCUUCGUCAGGCAACAGGCAGCCACUGAUCGGAGAAGAAGAAAACCAAACGUUGGCUACACCAGUGACUGAGGUUGAGCUGAUAUUGUAAUGGAUGUUGAAAAUUGGUAAACCAGGAAAAAUUGCCGAGCAUGGCACACAAGUCAGCAGGAGGAAGUCUUAAGAAUCUAUGUUUUCUGGCUGUUAGGGAACAUUUCCUCGCUCUGGGGACAGAAGCAGUUGUUAGUCUUCCUACACAUCUCAUCAAGGAUCUUCUCCCUCAUCUGACAAUAUGUCAGCUGGAUGAGAUCCAGCCUGCCUUGAAUCAGAGAGGUAUAUCCACUUACUCUAGAUGGUUGGCAAUCUUAGAGGACCUGCGGGGCCGUGACUACGCUAUCAAGUUCCCCACAGAAGAUGAGGCGAAACAAGAAGUUUUGACCUGGCUUUUCCCUUCUGUGCUUUAUGGCUACAGGAACCCCUAUAUUAUUAAAAAUCUAUCUAACUUAAACACAUCAUUUCUGUGGGCUGCAGCGAAAUGUAUUCAACAUUUCUUAUGCAAGGCAUGCCACAUAAAUACCCAAAAGGUUUUUCAGAGUUUAACUUCUGGGCCGCAGCCUCUUCUGAAUAUCUUUGAGAAGCGUAUCAGGAAUGUAACCAUCACUGAUUCCAUGGAUCUGUUAAAGGAGACCACACAACAUUCAUUGUACAUCCUCCAUCGCCUACUUGACCAUGGAGCUGCUACAAAACUAACUGUAAGCAUACCUAAUCCGAUCAUGCUAGCAUGGCUCUUGCAUGGAAGGGGAUCACACUAUGUGAACCCAGAGCUGAAGAACUUGAUGGACAGUAGUUGUGUGUCACAGACCUCUCCAGUCAGUGAAGAUGGAGCCGGAUGUAGUCCAGGUCUAAUGACCAGGGCUUCAGAUAACCAGGGCAAUGAGAUCAUUCCAUUCAAACGCUCAAGGUUGGAUUCUGCAUGCUUAGAGGAUGCCUCUGGAAAUCUCAGCUUUACUGUUGACUCACAGGUUAUCUGCCAGAACUUUGCUCACUGUGAGGUUAAUUCUGCAGUUCCUUGUACGCUGGGACAGAUUGAGGCUCUGAAUAUCUACCAGUGUGGAUCCGAUUCUCUCAGAAUCCUGGUUUCUUCCCUCCCCACAUUUUUCUCCCUUCAAUCUCUGAGUCUUCACAGUUCCAAAUUCAGCAAGUCCAAUGUGUUGGACCUGGUCUCAGCCCUGAAGCAGCUGUCUGACAGCUCCUGUGGCAAACUCACUGACCUCACAAUAAGUUUCCUGCCAACCACAAACCUCAUAGAGAAACUACUGGAUGCAAGCAACACUGUGACGUCACUUCACGUGGAGGUCCGGAAUAUAAUCGAGGGACCACAAAUCCUAUUUGAUGUUCUCCCACCAGCUGAGUCACAAGUGUCAGCAGCGUGGCCCGUGCAGAGGCUAACAGUGAAAGUACACGAGUUCCAGUCAGAUCUGAACUUCAUGACGUAUGUACUGAGACGCUCCCCACAUCUCACCUCACUUCACCUUGCUGGGAUGAGAUUACCCACUGGCUCCUCACUGAGCCCACUCCUCACCACUCUCUCAGAGUUCAACCACAGCUUGAGGACUCUCAUUUUGGAGGAUAUGAAACUAUCCAAUUGUCUCCCUGAGAUCCUGAAUCUACUGAGAAACUGCAAACUGGAAGAGCUUCGAUUUGAUGAUUGUCGUCUUCUGGAGACAUGUUCGAACAAAGAACAGACUCUGCUGGAGCUGGUGACGGCUCUGAGGAAAGUUUCUUCACUCCGCACACUAAGUCUGGCACAGAAUCGGCUGGCCAGGAAUGUGUGUGUGCUGGCUGAGCUCUUCUCAGGAUCCCCAUCAAGCUCUGUGAAUCAUCUGGACAUCAGCUCCAACUUCAUUAAGCCUGCUGAUCUGCUGGAGUUUGCAAAGAGACUGACAACCCAUCAACCUCCUUACAACCUGAGCCUCGACCUGAGGAAAAAUCCAGCUAACCGAGAUCCUGACACAUGGAGUGCUGCUCUGCAGAAACUCCGUUCAUUCACUCUCUUCCUGUCUAUGGGGUGGAAAUCCACCGAUAUGAUGGUCGACCACAUAAGUAACAUGUGAACACAGAGAGGAAGAAUCAAACAUUUAAAAAAGGAAGGAAAGCUUGUAAAGACUUGCAUCUUUAGAUCAGUUUGGUAGUUUUCUUCAUUUAGCCUGAGAGGGAUGUUUUUAUUGUUCUGCUUUGCAAUGAGUCCUGUGAAUCUUAUGUUCAUUAAAUAUGACAUUCAGAACAUCUUGCAUCGAAGAACUGCAGCACAGGCAAAGAAAAGCUUUUACAUAAGUUUGACAA